AUGAAAUAUGCAUGGAUCCUAUUGGUCACCGGCCUGGUGCUGCCAGCCUGGAGUCUAACCCUUCACCGAAGAGACAACCCCGCCGUGGUGCAAAUGGAUAUCCAACGAAAGAAUGAUCUUGAUCCCGUCACUAGAGAUCGAGCACGGAGGAAACGUUCGACAGUCAGUCAGGCAUUGGACAACGAGGAAACUUUGUACUUCUGUAAUGUCACUCUGGGUACCCCGGGGCAGAGCAUACGUCUGGUUCUCGACACUGGAAGUAGUGAUUUGUGGUGCAAUACGCCAAAUUCUACUCUCUGCGAAUCCAAGGAGAACGCUUGCGAAUCCGGUACUUAUGACUCGAGCUCUUCCUCUUCAUAUUCAUUUGUGAACUCGGACUUCAAUAUCAGCUAUGCCGAUGGAUCCGGCGCCGCCGGAGACUAUGUAACCGACACUCUUACCGUCGGGGGCACAACUAUUGAAGACUUCCAAUUUGGUAUUGGGUUUUCGUCUGGCUCUUCGGAGGGUGUGCUGGGUAUAGGAUAUACCGCGAAUGAAGUUCAGGUUGGUAGAAAUGGAGAACCGGCUUAUGCCAACCUACCCAAGGCACUUGUCAACAAAGGAGUGAUCCAAUCAAAUGCCUACAGUCUCUGGCUGAACGACCUGGAUGCGAACACAGGCUCGAUUUUGUUUGGUGGAGUCAACACUAAGAAAUACCACGGCGCCCUGCAAACAGUCCCCAUCCAGAAGGUCUACGGACAGUACUCGGAGUUCAUUAUUGCGCUCACUGAGGUGUCUCUCACCACGUCCUCCGGUAAAAAUACCUAUUCUUCGAGCUCCAUUCCCGCAGGUGUGUUACUGGACUCGGGAAGCUCUCUUACAUACCUUCCGGAUGCGCUUGUUCGGGAAAUCUACGAUGAUCUCGGGGUCUUUUACGAGUCGGAAAGUGGCAUUGGCUAUGUUGAAUGCAGCAUGGCACAGCAGAGCAUUACCCUCAGUUACACGUUCUCAUCGCCGACGAUUAACGUGGACAUCAACGAGAUGAUCAUCGAUAUCGGCGAGCUCUAUUUCCGGAACGGCAAGCGAGCCUGCAUUUUCGGUAUUGUCCCCGCGGGAAGCAGCUCGGCAGUCCUGGGAGAUACGUUCCUUCGCAGUGCGUACGUGGUAUACGAUCUUGAGAAUAAUGAGAUUUCCCUCGCCAGUACCAACUUCAACACCACCGAGAAUGAUAUCUUGGAGAUCGGGACUGGCACUGAUUCCGUCCCCGGUGCGACUGCAGUUCCGAAUCCAGUGACUACCGCACCAGUUGGUGGCACCGCUGCUCGCAUCGGAGGUCCGCAUGGAGGCUCCGGCCUCUUUGGCUCGGCCUCUGCCACUGUGAAUAUGGCCAUUCCUAAGGCGACUGCUAUGCCGAGACACGUGGCUGUCGGCCUUGCCGGUGUAGGAGCUCUUCUGGCUCUUUAA